UGUCUUCUGAACUCCAAGCUCUCUUCCUUCCUUCGUAUGGAUUCUCCACCGCUCAUUCUUCUCCGCCAUUAAUCUUGACCUUCGUCUUUCCCAAACCAAAACCCUAAUUCCUCAUUCCUCGCCAUCCUUCGAGGCUCAGAACAUUUAUCUCACUUGAUCACGGAGACCGCCGUAGAACAAAUGGCUCUCGUCUCAAUUCUGGGCCUAUUGAUCGGAUAAUCGCCGAGUUGUAACCCUAAUUCCGAUCACUCACAAUGUCGUGGGGAUUGGGCUGGAAAAGGCCAUCGGAGGUCUUCCAUCUAACGUUGAACUACGGUUCCGAUGAGCCGGCGGAGAAUCCCGGGCGUAUAUCGUCAGCUUCUAAUUCGUCGGCGUCGUCAUCGUCGUCGUCGAUACUGUCGCAAGAUCAGGAAUUGGGGUUUCGGAUCGAUCUGGACUGGUCGGCCGGCGACGAUGAGGAUCAGGUCGCGCUGAGGCUCCAGUCGCAGCUUAUGGUGGCGCUGCCGAUGCCGCAGGACACGGUGGUCGUUGAGUUGACGAGCGGUGAGGAGGAAAGGAAUGUAGGUGUGGAGAUGAAGGUGGUGAAGAGGAGAGAGCCGUUGAGGGCGGUGACCUUGAACAAGACGGCCGGCUCGGGUCAGCAGAGCGAUGGCACUGGGGUUUUGACGCGAUUGUUGCGCUUGGAUUUCGCUUCACAAAUGCCGGGUGUUGCCGAUGGUGUGUCGGCUUUUGGGGGGAAGAGCGUCACUAUGCUCAGUCUUUGUGGUUGUGGCUUGUCGGUAUUUCCGGUUGAGAUUACUCGCUUGCCACUUCUUGAGAAGCUAUACCUUGAUAACAAUAAGCUAUCACAUUUGCCAUCUGAGCUUGGUGAAUUGAAAAGUUUAAAAGUGCUCAGGGUUGACUACAACAUGUUGGUUUCAGUACCGGUAGAACUGAGACAGUGUGUCGGUUUGGUGGAAUUGUCCCUGGAACACAACAAGCUUGUUAGGCCUCUCCUAGAUUUCAGGGCUAUGGCCGAGUUACGGGUUCUUAGGCUAUUUGGUAAUCCUCUUGAAUUCCUUCCUGAAAUCUUGCCGCUUCAUAAACUUCGGCAUUUGUCUCUUGCAAACGUCAGAAUUGUGGCAGAUGAUAAUCUUAGAUCAGUGAAUGUGCAGAUAGAGAUGGAAAACGUUUCUUAUUUUGUUGCAUCUAGACAUAAGCUAAGUGCUUUCUUCUCUCUUAUAUUCCGUUCUUCCUCUUGUCAUCACCCUUUGCUGGCAUCCACACUUGCAAAGACAAUGCAGGACCAAGGAAACCGUGUAGUUGUUGGUAAAGAUGAGAAUGCAGUGCGGCAGCUUAUAAGUAUGAUAACUAGUGAUGACCAACAUGUGGUUGAACAAGCAUGUUCUGCUCUUUCAUCUCUUGCUGCAGAUGUAUCUGUUGCGAUGCAGUUGAUGAAAUCUGACAUCAUGCAACCCAUUGAAACAGUACUUAAAUCAGUUUCUAGGGAGGAAGUAAUUUCUGUAUUGCAUGUUGUGGUGAAGCUAGCUUUUGCAUCUGAUAGUGUAGCUCAAAAAAUGUUGACCAAGGAAUUAUUGAAGUCAUUGAAAAUGUUAUGUGCCCACAAAAAUCCAGAGGUACAAAGAUUAGCUUUGUUAGCUGUUGGAAAUCUGGCCUUCUCUUUUGAGAAUCGCCGCCUUCUUGUCACUUCUGAAAGUUUGCGGGAACUUCUCUUGCGCUUGACAGUCGUGCCUGAGCCGCGUGUGAAUAAAGCUGCAGCUCGUGCUUUAGCAAUUCUUGGGGAGAAUGAAAAUCUACGGCGUGCUAUAAGAGGGAGACAGGUGCCAAAGCAAGGACUGCGCAUGCUCGCAAUGGAUGGUGGUGGCAUGAAAGGUCUGGCAACUGUUCAGAUACUUAAAGAAAUAGAAAAAGGCACUGGAAAACGGAUACACGAGUUGUUCGACCUUAUAUGUGGCACAUCAACGGGUGGCAUGCUAGCUGUUGCCCUUGGCAUCAAGCUUAUGACGUUAGAUCAAUGUGAGGAAAUAUACAAAAAUCUUGGAAAACUUGUUUUUGCUGAACCUGUGCCAAAGGAUAAUGAAGCUGCCACUUGGAGAGAGAAGUUGGAUCAGCUUUACAAAAGCUCGUCACAGAGUUUUAGGGUUGUUGUACAUGGAUCUAAACACAGUGCCGAUCAAUUUGAGAGGUUGUUGAAGGAAAUGUGUGCUGACGAGGAUGGAGACCUGUUAAUAGAAUCUGCAGUGAAAAAUGUUCCCAAGGUUUUUACUGUAUCAACUUUGGUGAGCGUGAUGCCAGCGCAGCCAUUUGUAUUCCGCAAUUAUCAGUACCCUGCUGGAACGCCAGAAAUGUCUCUUGCCAUUUCAGAGAGUUCAGCGAUCAGCGUCCUAGGAUCACCUAUUACAGGUGCUCAAGUUGGCUAUAAGCACAGUGCUUUUAUUGGAAGUUGUAAGCAUCAAGUGUGGCAAGCUAUAAGAGCAUCAUCUGCUGCUCCUUACUAUCUUGAUGAUUACUCAGAUGAUGUAAACCGUUGGCAAGAUGGUGCAAUAGUGGCAAAUAAUCCUACAAUCUUUGCCAUAAGAGAAGCACAACUUUUAUGGCCCGAUACAAGAAUUGAUUGCCUAGUUUCCAUUGGGUGUGGUUCGGUACCAACAAAGGCACGGAAAGGUGGUUGGCGUUAUUUGGAUACUGGGCAAGUUUUGAUUGAGAGUGCAUGCUCAGUGGACCGUGUAGAGGAGGCUUUGAGCACGUUGCUACCUAUGCUCCCUGAAAUACAGUAUUUUCGAUUUAAUCCAGUUGAUGAACGGUGUGAUAUGGAACUAGAUGAGACUGACCCAGCAGUCUGGCUGAAGUUGGAAGCUGCAGUUGAUGAAUACAUACAAAAUAGCUCUCUUGCCUUUAAAAGUGCUUGUGAGAGACUACUGCUACCUUUUCAACAGGAAGAUAAAUUAUCCGAGACCUUAAGGUCCCAAAAUUUCUCCAAGUCAAAGGCAACAAGUACUGGUGAAAAGAGCCCAUCUCUAGGUUGGAGGCGUAGUGUCCUGCUUGUUGAAGCUUCACAUAGUCCAGAUUCUGGACGAGUUUUGCACCAUGCUCGUACACUUGAGUCAUUUUGUUCAAGGACUGGAAUACGGUUAUCCCUUAUGCAAGGAAUAACAGGAUUUGUAAAGACAAUCCCGGGUACAACAUUCCCAACACCAUUUGCAUCACCUUUGUUUACUGGAAGCUUUCCUUCAAGCCCACUUUUUUACAGCCCCGAUAUCGGAGCUAAUAGGAUUGGUCGAAUCGAUAUGGUCCCGCCUUUGAGUUUAGAUGGUCAAUCUGUAAAGACAGCUGCAUCACCACCAAAGUCUCCUUCUGGACCCAGACAACUCUCUUUACCUGUGCAGUCAUUGCAUGAGAAGUUACAGAACUCUCCACAAGUGGGCAUUAUUCAUUUAGCUCUUCAAAAUGACUCGCUUGGUUCAGUAUUAAGUUGGCAGAAUGAUGUAUUUGUGGUUGCUGAACCUGGAGAGCUUGCUGAUAAAUUUCUACAAAGUGUUAAAAGGAGUUUAUUGUCAGUGAUGCGGAGCCGCUACAGGAAGGCUGCAUCUCUUCUCGCAAAUAUUUCAACUGUUUCUGAUUUGGUUGCAAGUAAACCAUACUUUCAAAUUGGAGGCAUUGUCCACCGAUACAUAGGACGCCAAACUCAAGUCAUGGAGGAUGAUCAAGAAAUUGGGGCAUACUUGUUUCGUAGAACAGUCCCUUCAAUUCACUUAACACCUGAGGAUGUUCGUUGGAUGGUUGGAGCUUGGAGGGACAGGAUCAUAAUUUGCACAGGGAUGUAUGGGCUUACCACUGCUUUGAUCAAGGCAUUUUUAGACUCUGGUGCCAAGGCUGUUAUAUGUUCCUCAGUUGAGCCCCCGGAAAUGGAGCUCACAACAUUCCAAGGAUCUGGAGAAUUCACCGCUUUUGAAAAUGGCAAGUUUGAGAUUGGUGAGGAAGAGGCUGAAGAUGAAGAGCCUGAGCCUGCCAGUCCCGUUAGUGAUUGGGAAGAUAGUGACCCAGAGAAAAAUGGUGACCGCUCUACAGGCAUUUGGGACACAGACGAGGAACAAACGUCGCAGUUUGUAUGUCAACUUUAUGACUCACUGUUCCGGGAAGGGGCGACUGUGGAUGCUGCUCUACAACAAGCUCUUGCCUCACAUCGGAAGUUGAGGUAUUCGUGCCAUCUUCCCACUAUACAAUAGUAUAUUAGAUAAUUAUCUCGUAUAGGAAAAUGAAAAUGAAUACAAAGAGCAUAGUGGAGAGAAAGAGAGACGGAGAGGAUACUGCAUAGGACACAGGUUUGUUAGUGAAUUAUGAAUAUCGAGAAAAUAAGAGUAACAUUCAAUUUUGAGGCGUAUAAAGAAACUUUGAUGUAUGUUAUUUAUAACUUGAAUAUAGUUAUCUCUGACGUUGAAUAUAUGAGGAAACAAAUUUUUCCCAUUCCCGGUUCACUCUA